AUGCACAUCACCAUAUCGGACAUUCUAGGUACUGAACUAAAAUCUAUGAAGGAGGAAAUAGUGGAUAUGAAGGAGUCUAUGAAUUUCAUGAAUACAAAAUAUGAAUCUAUUACAAAGGAGCAUGCAGAGGCCAAUGAAAAAAUAAAACGGCUAGAGACAGAAAACGGUGCACUGCAGUCAGGGACUGCAGUCAGAGGACUUGUCUAA